AUGGCCCCAUUGGCGUGGUACUAUCUCGGCCUGUGGGCUUCUCUACUUUCGUGCUUUGUCCACGCUGCCACAGUCACUUAUGACUUCAACAUUACCUGGGUGAUAUCCAAUCCAGAUGGACAAUGUAACCGGCCAACGAUUGGAAUCAACGGCAAAUGGCCACUUCCGGAAAUCAGAUCUCAGGUCGGCGACCGGGUUGUUAUUCAUGUCAACAACCAGCUCGGGAAUCAAUCCACCUCCCUUCAUUUCCACGGGCUGUUUAUGAAUGGGACUGCUGAAAUGGAUGGCGCUAUCGGCGUUAAUCAAUGCAAGAUACCACCCGGAGGCUCAUUCACCUACAACUUUACAACCGAUCAGCCAGGUACAUACUGGUACCAUUCCCACGGCCACGGGCAAUAUCCAGAUGGCUUACGCGGGCCCAUGAUAAUCGAUGACCCUAAGUCCCCGCACGCUGGAAAGUGGGAUGAAGAGAUUGUCCUUACCCUCUCGGACUGGUACCACGAGCAGAUGCUACCGUUAAUCAAGCAUUUUAUCAGUUUUGCCAACCCUACUGGCGCCGAACCAGUGCCGCAGUCUGCUUUGAUGGCCGAUACGCAAAAUUUGACUAUUGCUGUGAAGCCAAACACGACAUACUUCAUCCGGGCUAUUAAUAUGGCGGCACUGGCCGCACAGUACCUCUGGUUUGAAGGUCAUUCGAUGCGUGUUAUUGAAGUUGACGGAGUGUGGACCGAAGAACACGAGACGGACAUGCUUUAUGUCACUGCUGCCCAGCGAUAUGGUAUCCUGUUGACCACAAAGAACGAGUCAACAGACAACUUUGCCAUAGUCGGUAGCAUGGAUACAGACCUCUUCGACAAGAUUCCCCCUGGGCUCAACCCAAAUGUGACUUCAUGGCUCGUGUAUGACGAUAAAAAGCCACUUCCAGAGCCCAAGAUCAUUAAUGAAUUCACUGCCCUGGACGACUUUGAUCUGAAACCUAGUGAUUCAAUAGAAUUAUUUGAUCAUGUUGAUCACAGCAUCACUCUUGACCUGAAGAUGGAAAAUUUGGGCGAUGGGGCAAACUAUGCUUGGUUCAACAACAUCACAUAUGUUAGCCCAAAGGUGCCGACAUUAUAUACCGCUCUUGAUGCUCCUCAGGACGUAGCGACAAACCCGUUAAUAUAUGGAGAAAGCACGAACCCCUUCGUUCUAGAGCAUAACGAAGUGGUCGAGAUCAUCCUAAACAACAACGAUCCGGGGAAGCAUCCGUUCCAUCUCCACGGACAUAACUUCCAGCUAGUCUACCGCUCCGAAGAAGAAAAAGGUCCACACACUGCAGAACAAAUGUCUAAUUUACCCCGAGUACCUAUGAGGCGGGACACAGUCCUUGCCAAUCCCAAUGGUAACAUCGUACUCAGGUUCCGUGCUGACAAUCCUGGAACCUGGCUGUUCCAUUGUCAUAUCGAGUGGCAUAUGGAUAGCGGGCUGGUAGUCACAAUGGUCGAAGCACCGCUGGCUCUUCAAGACCAGAGAAAGGCUGGGAUAAAAUCUAUACCGGCAGGUCACAUUGAUACCUGCCAGUCGACACAGACCCCAUACCGCGGUAACGCGGGAGCAAAUACAACAGACUUCUUGGAUGUAUCUAAUAUGAACGGACCGCCUGCCCCGCCACUACCUGCUGGGUUUACCCCCAAGGGCAUCGUAGCGUUGGUGUUCAGCACUAUCGCUGCAGCACUGGGCAUAGCGACUAUUGUCUGGUAUGGGCUGGGCGAGAUUAAAACGCCAGGACCCAAUGGAGUCGGAGCCCCUGGAGUGCUGCAGUGA